AUGAACGAUGUCAUGGAACAAAUUGAGGAGCCUCUUCCUGAGAUUCCAGAGACGCGACAACCCGAGACUUCGGUUAGCGCCCCCGAGGUUGAUUUUGAGGGCCUCGGACUCUUUUACUCGCGUUUCUUUCCCUUCAAGACGCUUCAUCGAUGGCUCAACCACUCUCCCCGAAAUGGACGAGACUUUGCUUAUCGAGAGUUUGCCUUCACUCUGAGAAACGGUGCGUAUCUGCGAUUCAACUCAUUCGCGGAGGAGCGUGAAUUCAAGUCUCGAGUCGACGAUCUUGUUCCUGAGCGAUUCGAGAUCGGAGCGGUCUACUCACAUUCGCCCAAGGACCGAAAGAAGUUGCGAAAGGACGUGUUUAAGCCUGUCUCUAAGGAGCUCGUCUUCGAUAUUGAUAUGGACGAUUACGACAAAUUCCGAACGUGUUGUUCUGGAGCAUCCGUCUGCAACAAGUGCUGGAGAUACGUGCAGGUAGCCGUUAAGAUGGUCAACUCUGCUCUCAAGGAGGAUUUCGGAUACAAACACAUUAUGUGGGUAUUUUCGGGCCGACGAGGAGCCCAUGCGUGGGUCAGCGACAAGAAGGCUCGUGAUCUUAACGACAGACAGCGUUCUACAGUUGUUUCCUACAUUGCUGCAUUUGGAGACGCUACAGACAAGAGUGCUGCCGGCAACUCGAGUCUUCGACGUCCCCUGCAUCCCCAUCUUCAGCGGUGUCUUGAUAUCGCCACCACCGUAUUCAACGAGGUUGUCCUGCAGACCCAGGACCCUUGGGCCAAUGAGGAGGGCUCCAAAUUCCUGCUGGCGUUCAUUCCGGACGAAAAGCUGAGAAGAGCCCUGGCUGAGAAAUGGAAGAAGAACGGAGACUCUGCUAGCUCGGCAGACAAGUGGAGCGAUAUCGACAAGGUGGCUUCCUCGGGAGUAUCUGCGAACCUGGAUACCAAGAGGCUCGUCGAGGCCAAACAAAACGUGAUUCUAACUGUUUUCAUGCCAAAGCUCGAUGGAGCCGUGUCUCGAGGAACAGGCCAUCUUCUGAAAUCGCCCUUUUGCAUCCACCCAAAGACCUCCAACGUCUGUGUGCCCAUGGACGUCGACAGCCACACUCAUGAGUUGUUGUUCACCCCAGAGGAUUGUCCUAAACUGCAGGAGAUUAUUGACGACUUCAACAAUUACGAGGGAGAUGCUCAAGGUACUGUUUCCAAGCACGCUUCUGAUAAGACUCGACUCAAGCCCUUCGUCGAGGUGUUUGAUAACUUUGUGGAACCGCUCUUGAAGGAGGAAAUUGAGCGAGUCAAGGCUGCCAACGUGGGUUCGAUGGAGUUUUAG